CCAUUUUGCAGUCUGUUGUUUGUGGCUUGUUACGUUAGGUUGUGUUUACGAAAAGCUGUGCCGCGUCGCGGGUGCAAACGCUUUUUAAUCGCUGUGGAUUAAUUCAAGCUCGUGAUGGGUUAAUCGCACUGCGCUGGGAUACACACCACCGUCAGAAAUACGUUGGACUACUCACCGCAAACGCAACUGUGAAUUGAUUCUUUUAUUGGUGGCAACUAAAUCAAAGCAAGAUGUUUUAUGCACACUUUGUGCUAGCCAAAAAGGGCCCACUGGCCCGAAUUUGGUUGGCAGCACAUUGGGACAAGAAGUUAACCAAAGCCCAUGUGUUUGAGACAAACAUUGAAAAGUCAGUUGAUGGCAUUCUGCAGCCAAAGGUGAAGAUGGCUUUGAGGACAUCUGGCCAUUUGCUGCUUGGUGUCGUGCGAAUUUAUUCGCGGAAGGCCAAAUAUCUGCUGGCUGAUUGUAAUGAAGCCUUUGUCAAAAUCAAAAUGGCCUUUAGGCCUGGGAUGGUGGAUCUGCCCGAAGGACAUCGGGAGGCGGCAGUUAAUGCUAUCACAUUACCAGAGGUGUUUCAUGAUUUUGAUACAACUAUGCCAGAAUUAAAUGAUGUGGACAUUGAAGCCCAAUUCAGUCUCAACCAAUCUCGCGCUGAAGAAAUAACAAUGCGUGAAGAUUAUGGUAACUUAACACUGGUUACCAACGAUGAUGGCUUCGGCGAUAUGGGUUUUGACACCGAUGCGCCUGAUUUAAUGCGUCAUACUUCCUUGGAACCGUCGAAUAAUCUCCUCUUCAGUGAUGGCAUUGACGGCGUAGGUUUAGAUAAAGACCGAGAACCAAUCCCAUCUACAUCUGGUACACAAAAUUGUGUUGAUCAACCUCUUCGAGAUGAUGAAUUCGGAUCAAAUCUCAAUCCAAAUAUGAUUUCUGGCGGAUUAUUUGAAGGUGGGUUGUUUGAUGAUGCACCAAUGGGUGAUGUCCCGCCGGUUGACAACCAUCUUUCCGAACCACCUCUUCCAUCAUCGGCGCAUGAUGACAGCGACGAUGACAUGGAUCACUUUGGUGGUCCACCUUCAAUGGGCGGUGACAGUAGUGAUAACUCGCGCCCACCAUCUCCGCUUGCGGCACUUAAUGAAAAACCAGCCGAACCAGCACCUCCUCCAUCAAUAGUCAGUGAAACGGCUGAUACACAGGAGGAACCACGUGUGGAAACUCCUCUCGAUCAAAAUACUUUGCUUCAAAAUGACGAUGAAAGUUUUGCUCUACCACCUGUCGAUGCGUCUGUGUUCCGCGGAGUAAAUCCAAAGAAACGCAAACGAAAACUCAUUGUUGAUGAAGUAAAGAACAUCUCUGGUGAAGAGAUGAAGAAUCAGUUGUCUGACACCACCGAUAUUGUCACCACAUUAGACUUGGCACCACCAACAAAGCGACUUAUGCACUGGAAGGAAACCGGUGGCGUUGAGAAACUGUUUGCGCUGCCAGCGCGACCAAUUCCUGCACGCGCAUUGUUCAAGAAUUACCAGAGGCAUUUAAUCUCACGGUCGAUAGGUACCGAAGACUUCGCAAUGCUGGGCGAUGCUGAUUCUCUAGCGUUAGAUCAAGUUAGAGAGGCAGAGGAACCAGAACCUACGCCUGUGCCAACCCCGUCGAAACGUGGCAGGAAACGAAAGAAUGAAGAAACAAAUCGGACGCCGCUUCAUCCGGGCAUUGAAACACCACAACCGAUUAUGAAUCCUGAGGAGGCGUUAGCAGCGAUGAUGCCACCUACGCCAUUGAUGGCGCCGCCAACGCCACAAAGUCAAGGAAUGCUAUCGCCGCACAUGAUGAUGCCGCCACAAACGCCGCAUAUGCACGAAGAGAUGCCUCCACCGCCGACGCCAAUUAUGGGUUAUCCUGGCACCCCGGCGCCGCCCACGCCGCUACAUCACAUUGAUGAAAUGCCGCAGUUGCAACCUGAUCAGGUGCAUUCAUUACUCAAUGAAUCCGAUGGCUUGGGCAGUCUUGGACCACCAAUGACGCCCGCAACCGGGGAGGAACUUAUGAACGCGCAUGGGUUGGGAAUUCCACAAACACCGCAACAUGAUAGUUUUGGUCAUGUUGAUUUACCAGGGAUGGAAAAUAUGGGCUAUGAUCACGGUAAUAUGCAAAUGGCGAAUAUGGGUUACGAUGAAAAUAUGCCUGCGCAAACACCGGCUGGUGGAAUGUCCGAGCGCAUACAUUCACCAUGGCAAGGCGACUAUGAUUUCCCGCAGUCAGUUGAUCCAACGGAGGAACAACAAGUCGACGAGUCCGACGAGCAGUUCGAGGAGCGUGUGUUGAACAAACGCGCGUACCAACUCUUCACGGCUGUCAAGAAGAACUUUGUGGUCUCUGAUCAAAUGGUAUUGACUGAUAUGUGCCAUCGAAAUACGAAAAAACAGGCUGCGCAAAAAUUCUACAGUUUACUAGUUUUGAAGAAAUUCAACGUUCUGAAUUUGGCACAAACCGCCGCGUACACCGAAAUCUACAUUACAAAGGGCAGCACGUUCGAUAAUCCGGUGAUGUAAAUAUGAAGGCAGACGUCUAUUACGACUUAGAAUGCGUGAUUACGCAAAUUGUUGUACAUAUAUAUCAACGUUUUUUCUUUACACAUCGUUGAAAUGCGCGUUAUUGAAUGUUUGAUUGAAGAAAGGAAUUAAAUUCGAAGGUAAUUGCAACAAAAAAAAAAAACAAAAACAGGGAACAAGCAUGUGACGAUAAAAACAAAUUACGGAACUAAUUAGUCAGUAUAGGACAAUUUUUACUAGAACUACUAAUAUGAAAUGACGAUUAUUUAGCACAAUGUUCACGAUCGUACUUAGUGCAUCAAAUAAUUGCUUAAUGUGUGUAUAUUUCGUGCACUAAGUACAAAUUCACUGCGCUCAGUGUGUUACUUUGUUCAGUUUGUCAAUUGAAGCAACACAUUGAAUUCGAUGUACACGUGGAUUGAUACAUUACGAAUUUAUUUACCGAACGCAACAAAUAAGUUUCUUCGCAUCGAAUAUGUGCUGUAUACGGAGGAGGAUUUUUUUCUUUAUUGUAACUACUUAAAUGAAGGUAGAUAAGAGAUGAUUACUUUUGAGAUGUGUACAUUUAUAAGUUAUACAUAUUAGCACACACUUUAUUAUUAAGUUAGUACCUUGAAAGUGGUAGAUUCAGAAAGAUAUCCUACUGUUAUUCAUAUUUACAUAUAAUAAUAUAUAUUUAUAUUCUUUUUUGGGGUAUGCGCUGCAUUGUGAGUGAAUGCGAUAAAUGUUAGAUGAAACAAAAAUUUAUAUUUGCAUUCAAAAUGAUGAGACCUUGUAGAAAAAAGUGAAAAUGAUGCAUGUUUGGCGACUUAUUGUAAACCUGCAGAUGUAUUUGUUAUCGCAUCUCGGAGGAUUUCUUUUUAUUUGUAUAACAGUUUUGUUCUCAACUUUUUUUUAAUAAAGAAGGAAGUUUUAUUGUAA